AUGGAAUCGUCUAAUGAAGGUGAUGAGAGAAAAAAAGAACACAAAGUUCCUUUCUUAAAGCUGUUCUCUUUUGCUGACUCCUAUGAUUAUUUUUUAAUGUUUGUUGGAUCUAUUGGAGCAUGUGUUCAUGGUGCUUCUAUUCCUGUUUUCUUCAUCUUCUUUGGAAAGUUGAUCAAUGUUAUUGGUUUGGCUUAUCUUUUUCCUAAGGAAGCUUCUCACCAAGUUGCCAAGUACUCGUUGGAUUUUGUGUAUCUAAGUAUAGCAAUGUUAUUUUCAUCUUGGACAGAGGUGGCUUGUUGGAUGCAUACUGGAGAAAGACAAGCAGCAAAAAUGAGAAUGGCUUAUUUAAAAUCGAUGUUGAAUCAAGAUAUAAGCUUAUUUGAUACUGAGGCUUCAACUGGAGAAGUUAUUUCUGCAAUUACUAGUGAUAUUAUUAUUGUUCAAGAUGCUCUAUCUGAGAAGGUAGGAAACUUCAUGCACUACAUAAGCAGAUUCAUAGCUGGAUUCACAAUUGGCUUUGUGAGAGUAUGGCAGAUUAGUUUAGUGACACUUUCAAUUGUUCCCUUGAUUGCCCUUGCUGGAGGACUUUAUGCCUAUGUCACAAUUGGCCUCAUUGCAAAAGUUAGAAAAGCAUAUGUUAGAGCUGGUGAAAUUGCUGAAGAGGUGAUAGGAAAUGUUAGAACUGUACAAGCUUUUGCAGGAGAAGAAAGAGCUGUGAAAUCUUAUAAAGCAGCUCUUAUGAAAACUUAUGUAAAUGGUAGAAAAGCUGGUUUGGCUAAAGGUCUUGGACUUGGUUCAAUGCAUUGUGUUCUUUUUCUAUCUUGGUCUUUGCUUGUUUGGUUCACUAGCAUUGUUGUUCACAAGAAUAUCGCCAAUGGCGGCGAGUCUUUUACUACCAUGCUCAACGUUGUUAUCUCCGGCCUGUCACUUGGGCAGGCGGCACCAGACAUUUCAGCGUUUAUUCGAGCUAAGGCGGCAGCCUAUCCGAUUUUUAAGAUGAUAGAGAGGGACACAGUGAGCAAACAAAGCGCGAAAACUGGUCGAAAAUUAAACAAAGUGGAGGGACAUAUUCAGUUUAAGAAUGUGUGUUUCAGUUAUCCGUCUCGUCCGGACGUAGCAAUCUUCAACAACUUCAAUCUCGACAUUCCUGCAGGGAAAAUUGUUGCACUUGUAGGAGGAAGUGGUUCUGGAAAGAGCACGGUUGUAUCGUUGAUCGAACGAUUUUACGAACCUCUUUCUGGUCAUAUACUUGUAGACAAAAAUGAAAUCAGAGAACUUGAUCUCAAGUGGCUCAGGCAACAAAUUGGACUAGUUAAUCAAGAGCCUGCACUUUUUGCAACAAGCAUCAAAGAGAAUAUUUUGUAUGGAAAAGAUGAUGCUACUCUUGAAGAACUAAAACGCGCCGUGAAGCUUUCAGAUGCUCAAUCUUUCAUCAACAAUCUUCCUGAAAGAUUAGACACUCGGGUUGGUGAGAGAGGGAUACAACUAUCAGGUGGACAGAAGCAAAGGAUUGCAAUAUCUCGUGCCAUUGUGAAGAAUCCAUCUAUCCUUUUACUAGAUGAAGCAACUAGUGCUCUUGAUGCUGAGUCUGAGAAAAGCGUACAAGAGGCUCUCGAUCGUGUCAUGGUUGGAAGAACAACCAUUGUAGUUGCACACAGACUUUCUACUAUUAGGAAUGCAGAUGUUAUAGCUGUUGUACAAGGAGGGAAAAUUGUGGAGACUGGUAACCAUGAAGAACUCAUGUCCAACCCAGCUAGUGUUUAUGCAUCUCUUGUUCAACUCCAAAGUGCAUCUUCUUUGCAAGGGCUUCCCUCGGUUGGUCCUAGCUUAGGACACCAAUCAAGCACGGGCUACUCAAAAGAAUUUUCGCGUGCAACAACAAGCAUUGGUGGUAGUUUUCGAUCGGACAAAGACUCGAUUGGCAUUGUCGGUGGUGAUGAUGGAAGCAAGCCUAAGCAUGUUUCAGCAAAAAGGCUAUAUUCUAUGGUUGGUCCUGACUGGCCUUAUGGAGUUUUUGGGACCUUAUGUGCAUUUGUUGCUGGAGCACAAAUGCCACUUUUUGCACUUGGAAUCUCUCAUGCUCUUGUUUCAUAUUAUAUGGAUUGGGAUACAACGCGUCACGAAGUUAAAAAAAUUGCUUUCCUCUUCUGUGGAGGUGCAGUUAUAACUGUCAUAGUCCAUGCCAUCGAACAUCUCUUUUUUGGUAUCAUGGGCGAGCGACUUACUCUUCGUGUGCGGGAGAAGAUGUUUAGUGCUAUUUUGAAGAAUGAAAUUGGAUGGUUUGAUGAAAUAGGCAACACAAGCUCUAUGCUUUCAUCGCGUUUAGAAUCCGACGCAACCUUAAUGCGAACAAUAGUUGUUGAUCGCUCAACGAUCCUGUUACAGAAUAUUGGUCUGGUUGUUGCUUCCUUUAUUAUUUCCUUCCUAUUGAACUGGAGAAUCACACUUGUUGUCUUGGCCACAUAUCCUUUGAUAGUUAGUGGUCACAUUAGUGAGAAACUUUUCAUGAAAGGUUAUGGUGGCAACUUGAGCAAAGCAUAUCUAAAAGCCAACAUGCUUGCUGGUGAGGCCGUGAGCAAUAUACGCACUGUCGCCGCAUUUUGCUCUGAAGAAAAGAUCCUUGAUCUUUAUGCUAACGAGCUCGUCGGUCCUUCCAAAAAUUCAUUUCGACGCGGUCAAAUUGCUGGCAUAUUCUAUGGCAUUUCCCAAUUCUUCAUCUUCUCAUCUUAUGGCCUUGCCUUAUGGUAUGGAUCUGUUUUGAUGGGAAAGGAGCUAGCUAGCUUUAAAUCAGUUAUGAAGUCAUUUAUGGUUUUAAUUGUAACAGCACUUGCUAUGGGGGAAACUUUGGCAUUAGCACCAGAUCUUUUGAAAGGGAACCAAAUGGUUGCAUCAGUUUUUGAAGUAAUGGAUAGAAAAUCAGAAAUAAGAGGUGAUAUUGGAGAAGAGUUAAGGACAGUGGAAGGAACAAUUGAGCUCAAAAGAAUCAAUUUCAGCUACCCUUCAAGACCAGAUGUGAUUAUUUUCAAGGAUUUCAAUCUAAGAGUUCCUUCUGGAAAAAGUGUUGCUUUAGUGGGACAAAGUGGUUCUGGCAAAAGCUCUGUGAUCUCUAUUAUACUCAGAUUUUAUGAUCCAACUUCAGGAAAGGUGUUAAUUGAUGGUAAAGACGUCACAAGAAUAAAUCUAAAAUCUCUACGAAAACACAUCGGUCUAGUGCAACAAGAACCAGCCCUUUUCGCCACAUCAAUUUAUGAAAACAUUCUCUAUGGAAAAGAAGGUGCAUCUGAUUCAGAAGUAAUUGAAGCAGCUAAGCUAGCAAAUGCUCAUAACUUCAUAAGUGGACUUCCAGAAGGUUACUCAACCAAAGUAGGUGAAAGAGGUGUUCAACUUUCUGGUGGACAGAGACAAAGAGUAGCCAUUGCUAGAGCUGUUCUAAAGAAUCCUGAAAUCUUGCUACUUGAUGAAGCAACCAGUGCACUCGACGUUGAAUCGGAGCGAAUAGUGCAACAAGCUCUCGACAGAUUAAUGCAGAACAGAACAACUGUUAUGGUGGCACAUAGAUUGUCCACAAUAAGAAAUGCAGAUCAAAUCUCAGUUUUGCAAGAUGGGAAGAUUAUUGAGCAAGGAACACAUUCAAGUCUUAUAGAGAAUAAACAUGGACCAUAUUAUAAAUUAGUCAAUCUUCAACAGCAACAGCAUCAGCAAUCAUAA